AUGAAUAUUGCCUAUGCCACAACCAAAUGUAAUGCUACCCAUUCGUGUCCAGAAAAGACUCCAUGCUGUUCUCAGUAUGGUGUCUGUGGGACCGGUUCGUUAUGUUUAGGGGGAUGUGAUCCAAGAUAUUCUUAUAACUUAACGGCAUGUAUGCCAGCACCAAGAAUGUCUGACUUAUCAACUGUUUUUGAUACUACUGAUGUUUUAAUGAAACAAGAAGAUUAUUUGGGUAAUUAUACCGAAACCGAUUGGGUUUACACCGGUGAUUUAACCACUCAUAAAGAUGCUAUCUUAAUGCAAAUGAAAAAACAUUCUUCCGGUACGGUUAUUUCUUCGACUCAAUAUUUAUGGUAUGGGAAAAUCACUGCUACCAUGAAAUCCUCUCGUGGUAGAGGGGUCAUUACUGCUUUUAUUUUGUUUUCAGAUGUUCAAGAUGAAAUUGAUACUGAAUUCAUUGGUUAUAAUUUAACUGCCUAUCAAUCCAAUUAUUACGCUUUGGGUAUCACCGAUUAUAAUAAUAGUGUUUGGCAUGAUACUACUGAUACUUUCGAAAAUUAUCAUACUUAUGAAGUUGAUUGGCAAGAAGAUAAAUUAGAAUGGUCUAUCGAUGGUAAACAUUUAAGAACUUUGAAAAAAGAAGAUACUUGGAAUUCAACCACUAAAAGAUAUGAUUAUCCUCAAACUCCUUCCCGUAUCCAAUUCUCCUUAUGGCCUGGUGGGGACUCUGCUAAUGCCCCAGGUACUAUUGAAUGGGCUGGUGGUCCAAUUGAUUGGGAUUCUGAAGAUAUUAAAAAACCAGGUUAUUACUAUGCUUACAUCAAAAAUAUCACCGUCGAAGCUUAUGAUUUGCCCUUCGCUGUCGAAUUAGAUGAUAGUGAUGAAGAUGAAGAUGAUGAAUCUAAAUUCCAUGCGUUCUUAUAUAAUUCAACAAAGGGUAAUGAAACUGAUAUCUAUUUAACUACCAAGAAAACUUGGUUAGGUAGUAAAGACGCUACCGGUAUAGAUCCUGAUAAUGAUAGCGACGAUGAAGAUGAAACGACCACCAUUGUGUCGGGUUCUGGUUCCAAAAAGGCCACCAAAGUCUCAACUAAAGCUCAUAAAACCGCUUCUUCUUCUUCUUCUUCCGAUGACAGUUACAACACAAAAGGCUCAAUCGGUGGCUUCGUUCAAAGCUCCAAAUCCCAAUCAAGUACCUCAAGCUCAGAAGCUUUCAUCAACUAUCCAUUAAAAGGUAUCAUCGGUGCCUUAUUUGCAUUGAUUGCUGCAACCAUCUCAUUUGUUAUUUAA